AUGGCUCGGGGUAAGGUGUGGUGGCAGUAUUUCCUACGUCAAUUCUUCUUUUCAAAUGCUCCGUUAGAAGUGUUUCUUCGUGUUUACAAAAAACAUCGAAAUGUUUCAGCCGCAAGCAGCAAUUUGGUUGAUAUGAAUGAUCAAGAAGCGAAUGAUGAUGUGAACGGUGAUAAUGUAAAAGAUGAUGCAAGAGAAAUGAAUGCCGUUGAUAACAAUAAACAGACUGCAAUACAUAAAAGUAAAGAAUCAUCAAAGCAAACAUUAGCGGUGACGAUUUUGGCCGAAAAUAAAAAGUGGGAAUGGGUUCCGCAAUUUUUGGCUCCUACUUUAAUGAAGGAAUUGUGUUUUCGUGGGCGCUACGCCGAGG